CUUGCUCGAAGGGGGGGGGGAUCCUAUCUGACCGGCCGGAAAGCGGAAGCUCGUCCUAGUGGAGGAUUAGGGGACAAUGGCUGUCCUCCUUCCGACCCAGAGCGGGGUCAGUCCAUGGAGGGAGCGAAUUGGCAGCCAGCACCGAGGGAGGAGACGGAGUCCAUGACGAGGGGAGAGGGGGGUUGGGACGGGGAUGUGAGAGGGUGGCAGAGAUUCGCCUUCUCCUUCGUCUGUCCGUCUUGCCAUCGUCUAGACCAUUCCGCCGGAUGGAAGACCCUCCGCGGAGGGAUAUAAAAACCUCCUCCUUCUUCGCCAUGGAGUCCGUCUCUCCUUCUUUCCUUUUUCACCGGAACAUCAACCUGUCAGACUUGGACUUGGGCAGACUUGUACUUGGUAGCCAUCAUCACUUGCCUUCUUGACAGACAUCUUCAGGCAUCACCUCAUCAACCUCGCUCCCGUUGAUCACCCGCAGAACUGCAUCAAAAAUGGCCACCCAGCGUCAAUACUACCAGCCCGCCGCUCUCCCCAUCAAUGUGCCCUCCAAGGCCCCCGUCCCCGCCAGCCUUUAUCCCAUCUCGCGUGUGGCCGGCUCGCCUCCCGAGAUCUCCGACAGCAGCACUACCGCCGGGAGCCGAACCUCGGGGUACAGUCUCACUUCGGGAAGCCUGAGCGGCGAGUACGAGUCCAGCUCGCUGUCGUACUCGGGCAUCGAUGUCGUCGACGUCCUGAGUGAUCGCCUGCAGAACACGUUCGACCCGACGCCGCUGGAUAAGGGGCUGGCGAAACAAGCACAAGCCUCCGGCCAAAUGAACGCCAAACAGCGUGAGCUCAUGGAACUGCAGGCGCUCGCCCAGCGGCGGCUCAAGGGGGCGCGGGCGAAUUUCGCCGAGGGCCUCAAGGUUGCACGUGAGACAAAACGUGACCUGGAGUGGACGCAGAAGCGCGUCAGCGCGUUGAAGGCUAAGGCCGAGACCGCACACCCAGAGGAGUAUCGCCGGGCAUCGAAGAAAUAUGCGUUCGACGACGAGUAUUGAAGCGCUGCUGGGAUAUCCCCUUUUCUCUCUUGGCUUAUUGCUUGUAAUGAUGUGUCAUGAUUCCUUUUUUUUUUUUAAUUAUUGAUGGAAAACUG